GAGAACAGGAGAGAACAGAGUAGGACAGAGAGGGUGGGAGGUAAGAUCUGUGUUACAGGGUUAUAAAUACAGAUGGUCAGUCCUAUUUCAAAGCCUUCGCUUAUCUCCUGGACACACAGACCUCCACCAAAAUGCUUUUUCAUCGCUUUAACCUGGCAAAAUUUGGAUUUUGCAUGUUGCUCUUGCUAGUGCUGAUAUAUCAGGUAUCUAGUGUGCCAGUAGUGACUCCUGAGGUACAAUCAGAUCUUCAGCCUUCACAUAUACUGCACCGCAAGAUACGAAUGUCCCCUCUAUGGCGAAUCAUGGGGUUCAAACCAUAUGGAGCCUAUUGCCAGAACAAUAUAGAGUGUUCCACAGGAUUUUGCAGGAAUGGUCAUUGUUCUUUCAGUGGGCCUGUUCAUUCUUAGUGGAGUGGACAACUGAAAUUUUUAACAGAAAAGUAUUCAUUUAUGAGUCAACCCAACAUAUUCAAAAUGCCAAGACAAUUUUUUUAUAUAUAAUCAUAGCAUUGUGAGUGUAUGUUGUAAGCACUUUAACUUUUGACCUAUAUGUAGCACAGUACACAGUGCAUGUGAAGAAAUCUGACUUGAAAAGUUACAUUGGUUACACGGGAUAUCUUUUACUCUCAAGGCACGUAUUAAGAUUUAUUUACUUAGAUUUACUUCUGCUAAGUCUCUUUGAAUUGGGUUGAUAUUUUGGAUAAUGGUUUAGUUUAAAUUAUACAGACCAAAAAGUUCAUGCCAAAUUAUUUUCCACUUCUAAGCCUUAACCCUUACAUGCCUUGUAAUUAUGCUUAGUUAAAGGGCUGUAUUACCCUGUGUGAGCAUGUGUUUUUAUUUGUGUAAUGCAUUAUUAAGAAUUAUUGUAUGAUGCCUCAUUAGUGUAUUUGUUAUUAUUUAUAGACUAGACCCUUACUAGAAAUAUUUUCAUGGAAAUUCCAUUUUGAUACAGAUAUGUUCCAAUUAUUUUGCUCAUUUGAUCUUUGAUAUAAAGUACUGUAUUUGAUAAUAAAGUUAUAAGGGCAUACAGAAGGGGCAGUAAGAGAACAUGCACACAUCUUGCUCCUCUUCUCAGGAAGGUCAGUGUGACUGAUUCUCAGAAACCCAGUUCUAGUGACAAAGGCCAUUGAUGUUCCUCGGCAUGCAUGUGUUAGAGAGAGGAGUAUUUGCACAAGAAUGUACUGUAACUGAAUGAUGUCAUUGUACUGUGAACGACCUCCACAUGAAGAGCAAAUUUUAAGUCGAAUAAAACACUAAUUUUUAAAAUCUU